AUGUUAGAUUUUUAUUCUCAAUUUAAUCCAUCGCCGUUAUCUAUUAAGCAGUUUAUCGAUUUUGGGUUAAAUGCUUGCGAGAGGAAGUCAUACCUGUUCUUGAGGAAGGAAUUGCCAGUCAGGCUAGCGAACAUAAUGAAGGAGAUAGCUUUACUGCCCGAGAACCUCCUCCGAAUGCCAUCCGUUGGAAUGGUCAAUCAGUGGUACGAGCGAUCAUUCGAAGAAAUCAUACAGUUUGAGAAGAUGGAGCCGGAGCAGCCUGUUCUAACUCAAUUCUGCGAAAGGCUGGUACACAUUCGCAACCGUCACGCGGACGUGGUUCAGACAAUGGCUCAGGGAGUGUUGGAGCUCAAGGAGUCACACGAAGUCGAUCCCGGAACUGAGAACUCGAUACAGUACUUCUUAGAUCGAUUUUACAUGAGCCGGAUAUCAAUACGAAUGCUUAUAAAUCAGCACACACUGCUUUUCGGAGAGCAGAUAGGUGCGAAACAGGCGUCUGUGAAUGGCAUGGGUAACGGAGGUCGACAUAUCGGCUCUAUUGACCCAGCGUGCGAUGUAGUGGCUGUAGUGCGCGACGCAUACGAAAACGCCCGUUUUCUUUGCGACCGGUAUUAUUUGGCCUCGCCCGAACUUGAAUUGCUGCAGAAUGGAGUUGCAAGCGACAGGCCGAUGCCGAUAGUGUACGUGCCGUCGCAUCUCUACCACAUGCUGUUCGAGUUGUUCAAGAAUGCGAUGCGAGCGGUCAUGGAGACCCACGAGAACGCACCGCCUCCGAUUCAAGUUAACUUGGUGAACGGCAAGGAGGAUGUCUCCGUUAAGAUGUCAGAUAGGGGUGGGGGCAUUCCCCGCAGUGUGUCGGAUCUACUCUUCAAAUAUAUGUACAGCACCGCGCCACAGCCGUCAAAGUCAGACUCGCACACUGUGCCGCUGGCCGGUUACGGGUACGGGUUGCCAAUUUCGAGGCUGUAUGCGAGAUAUUUUCAUGGCGACCUGGUGCUCAUGUCGUGCGAGGGAUAUGGAACCGACGCCGUCAUCUAUUUGAAGGCGCUGUCAAACGAAGCAAACGAACUUCUCCCAGUGUUCAACCGAACGUCGAGCAAAUUCUAUCGACCAAUGCCAACACUUGCUGACUGGUCGGCUUCUCUUAACACCGGCAGCAAUUCGCAAUGUACGCGAACGAAGAAUAGGGAGAAGUUGUCGCCGUCCAUCUCACAGGGCCUAUAG